UGUAGAUUUGUGUACACUCUGCAGCAAACUGAAACAGUAAGAAUUGCAUAAAAAUUUUGGCAACGUUGCGAGAACAGCCAGCUGAUCGCCUGCCACGCAAUGGACUGGGAUAGUUCUGGGGGCGUUGCCUUGGCCGAUGACUCUGGCCUCUUCAGCUGCAGCAGUGAUGCAGAUGAGUCGGUGACAAAUGAUGCCACGACAUGGAUUCAGGAACAGCAACUUGAGCGAGACCAGGAACCAGUCACAGAGUCGUUGUUUCUGGUUUCGCAGGAGCUGCGCAAGUCGCGCAGUGAAGUGGAGCGGCUUAGCAAAUCAGAGCAGUGGUACAAACAGGAACUGCAGGCCCAGAAGCAUAAUCGCCUCGAAACGCUGGAGCGUCUGUACGCUCAGGAGCGAAAGUAUAUGUUAGAGAAUCAGCGAUUGCAACAGGAAUCGCAGCGUCUUCAAGCCAAAUGUGCCGUACUGGAAAGUGGCGGACCGACGCCAGGAGGAGGAGCAGCAUCAGAAGCUACUACGAUAACAACUGCAACUGCGAUGCUGCCAGCCACGGAACAGCGAGGAGGCAGCGCCGACUGCGAUUCCUUUGAGGCGCAACAGCAGCAGGCAAGGCUGGCCGAUCAGUGUCAACUCACCGAAGUGUUGCGCAAGCAAAAGAAAGUACUGCUGGCGGACAUCCAGCGAAUGAGCCUGGAGCAUGACAGCAAGCAGCUGCAAGUGCAACGCCAGCUCGCAGGCGUUGAGUUGGAGAACAAGCACAUGACGCGUCAGUGCAAGCAGCUGAUUGAUGCACAGCGUGAAAUGGCGCACAAGCUGGAGUUGAAGGCGACCACACUUCGCAGCGUGACAGCGGAGCGGGAGCAAUUGCGUCAGGUCAUCGCUGAGCUGAAUGAAACACUGCAGACCCAAGAGCGGCUGUUGACGCUGAAAGAGAGCGAAUUCCUGGAGUUGAAGCAACACUAUCAGACGAAACUGAGCAGCGAGUGCAACAUUGAUGCAAUGCACAAGUAUAGCAUGGCAUUCCAUGGCGAGAUCAUUGCCAAGACUAACGAAAUAGGAAAACUGAAGCACGCACUGUUUGAGCUACAAACAGAACUGUUGCUCAUGUCCAAGCUUCAGGCACAGAACGAGGAGCAGCAACGGCAACUCGAACAGUUGAAUUUCCAGUUGGAGGCGCAACAAUUGGAGCAGGCUCUAAAGGAUGCCAAACUUAACAAUUUGAUGACGGAGAAAACAGAACUCGAACGUCAGCUGCAGGAGACGCAGCAAACGCUGCAAAACUUGGAGAGGCAGCUUUUUGAACUGCACAAACAAAACGCGGAGACUUGCGCCAAAUACAAGCAGACCAAAUGGCAAUUAGAAGUGCAGCAAAGCCAAAAUGUUGAGCAAGAGCAGCAACUAAAUGAACUGCGUGAACAGCUCGCAGUUUAUGUUCAGCAAUGCAGUCAGCUUAAAUCCAAAAUGGAGCAACAGCAGCAAGUUCAGCAGAAGCAGUUAGUGACCGAUGGCACCCAAGCAAUAGAGGAUAGUUCUGUGCUGGAGCAGCGCAUUGAGUCGCUAGAGCAGCAGCUGCUGGCGGUCAAUAAGCAAAAACAACAAACUGUUGCGCUGUUGCAGCAACUGCUCCAGCAGCAGAACGACAAAAUAAGAAACACCAAUGAAAUGGAAGCCGAUUGGCGGCAGUUGCUCGAAGCACUUCAAGCCACACAGCAAAUGGAGCUACAAAUGGAAAAGCAACUACAGCAGAAAGCCGAUGAACUGCAGCAGCUCAACGAGCUGUUCGCACAACAAAAUGACCAGCUACAGCAGUUGCAACGGCUUAGUCAGGCCCAUGAAACGAAAAACAGCAACGAGCUGCUGCAAGUCAAAAAGGCACAAGCCGAAGACGCAGUGAAUCUCAGCCAGCUUCAUGCUCAGGUGCAGGAACUGCUCAAGGAGCGGGAAAUCGCACCUAGAAAGCAGCACAAUAACCUGGUGCAAGUGCUGGAAAUGGAAACCGGUCGCAAGUUGCAGCAUGUCAAGAAUUGGUCCCAGUUGAUCAAAAUGCUGCGACAGGAGUUGCGUGCAGGCAAAGCAGCUAAAGAACUCCCCUUGCUGAAAGUGAAGCUGGCCAAAGUCGGUGGAAAAUAUGAGCAAGCGCUGGCCAGAAUUAAGUCAUUGGAGCAAACUCUGGCCGCGGAACGAGCGCACUUUGAGGCUUCUGAUUCCGGCAAAUCGACUGUAAGCUCAACCCCGUUGGAGCCGGCGCAUGAGGUGGCCAAUCUUAUUGAUGACUACAAAAAGCUCAUUCAACAAACUGCGCAGGAGACGGGCCGGCCGCGCAAUAGCUAUAUCCUGGAGCUGAUCGAGCGCAGUCAACGCAGCCAGCCAAAUUUGUGCCAACUAAGCGAAGACGUGGCCGCUUGCCGUGAGAAUAUGCUCGAUCUCAGCAAGCUGCUGGCCGAUCUGGAGUCCAGCUCAACACGUUCGGAGGCCGUGCCAUCGUUGAUGGAUGAGCUGCGCGCCGUGGCAGAGAAAACUUAAGCGGCUAACGUCAGCCAUAUCCAUUAAAUGUAGUCAGCUAGCAUAAUUAGUAGAUUUUAGCUUAGUAUCAGUUUGUUUUGUCUACGUAUUAACAUACUUAAUUUGUUUUCUUUAUAUUUUUUUGUUUUGUGUUAUUGUCUUUCGAAAAGAAACUAUUUAUGUUUGUUAAUUUUCCCAUUAGGAAUGUUCAAUUCUAUGAAUUUGUCAUCCAACGCAAUUUAUGAAAAACCCACCUAACUACUUAAAGGUUUACUAGUCCCACAGUUUACACUUAAUUUAUGAAAUCUUUCUUUCCAAUCUUCCCAAACUGAACUAAACGUAAGACUAUAACUUACUCUGUAUCUCCGAAGCUAUAAAUAUUAAAUUCCUUCGAAUAGGCUUUAUAAUAUGCCAAUAUUAUAUUCA